UCCGGUCAGCACAGCAAAAUAAUAGAGUCGCUCAGGUAGGGUCAUAAACGGUCUAAAUGUCGGCUUUCGGUGGCGUUAAGGCACGGAAGUAAUCCACUUCAAUUCCAAAUGGCUUGUGAGGGGGGAUGUAUCACCGGGUGCGAAUAAUCGGGAACGUCUGAGGUGUGUUUUUGUUUCUCCGCCCACUCCGGAAAACUCAGCCGAGUCGUCGUUAUUUUUAUUUUUUAAGGUGACGUGGAGUCGGACCCGCUCUUCUACACUGUCUCAUAUGUCAGUAAAAGUACUUGGCGUACCCGGAUUAGAACGCAAUGAAUACAUAAUACGUUGGGACUUUGCAUCGAGGAUUUCCGAGAUGUUGAGCAGUAAAUCUUUACAUUGAGCUCCCGUGUCGGCGCAAACCGGAGCAGUGAGGAGACUGUCGGGGCCUGGAGUCCGAGGAAUCCGGCGGACAGACAGGUUUUGUUGGAUCUGCAGCAUCAGUACUGAAGUGACACAACAGAGAUAUCGGGGUUAUGCAGUGUGGAAUAGGACACCUGCCAGGUGGCUGCCAGAGGACGAUGGGCCUGCACUGCGUCUUGAUCCUGUGCUUGUUCUCAGGCUGGGCAGUGGGCUACAAGCAGGGGGACAACGUGACUCUGUAUGUCAACAAAGUGGGCCCUUAUCAUAACCCCCAGGAGACGUAUCACUACUACACCCUGCCUGUUUGCCGGCCGGAGAAGGUGCAUCACAAGUCCCUGAGUCUGGGUGAAGUGUUGGAUGGUGACAGGAUGGCAGAGUCGUUAUAUCACAUCCGAUUCAGAGAGAACGUGGAGAAAAAAACUCUCUGCCAGCUCACUCUUUCAGAGAAACAGGUGGACGAGCUUCGUGAGGCCAUCGAGGAGCUGUUCUACUUUGAGUUCGUCCUGGAUGACAUUCCGAUCUGGGGGUUUGUGGGAUACAUAGAGGAGAGCGGCUUCCUGCCUCACAGCCACAAGGUCGGUUUGUGGACUCACCUAGAUUUCAACAUUGAGUACAACGGCAACUCCGUGAUCUUCGCCAACGUCUCAGUAAAAGACGUCAAACCAGUUCCCCUGGAGGAGGGGGCGGGCGCAGUGGUGGGCGGAGUCGGGGUGGGUGGAGGCAGCCUGACGGUCACACACACCUACAGCGUGCGCUGGUUCGAGUCCCCCCUGCCUCACGCCCGGAGAGCGGAGCGCCUCCGAGACUACUCGUUCUUCCCCAAAACACUGGAGAUCCACUGGCUGUCCAUCAUCAACUCACUGGUGCUGGUGGUGCUGCUGCUGGGCUUCGUCAUCAUCAUCCUCAUGCGGGUCCUAAAGAACGACUUUGCCAGGUACAAUGUAGAGGAGGAGGGCGGCUGUGAUGAUCUGGACCAGGGAGACAACGGCUGGAAGAUCAUACACACUGACGUCUUCAGGUUUCCCCCGUACAAAAGCCUUCUGUGUGCCGUGCUGGGAGUGGGGGCUCAGUUCCUUACUCUGGCCACAGGAAUCAUCAUCAUGGCCCUGCUGGGUAUGUUCAACGUGCAUCGCCACGGCGCCAUCAACUCUGCGGCCAUCGUCCUGUACGCUCUGACCAGCUGCGUGUCGGGCUACGUGUCGUGCAGCUUCUACACGCAGAUCAACGGGCAGCGCUGGGCGUGGAACAUCAUCCUCACCUCGUCGCUCUUCUCCGCUCCUCUGUUCCUGACAUGGAGCGUAGUCAACUCGAUCCACUGGUGGAGCGGCUCCACCCAGGCUCUGCCGGCCACCACCGUGCUCCUCCUGCUUGGGGCCUGGGUGCUGGUGGGCUUCCCGCUCACGGUCAUCGGCGGCAUCGUGGGAAAGAACCGAGCCGGCAGCUUCCAGGCGCCCUGCCGCACUCGCAACAUCGCCCGGCAGAUCCCCACACAGCCCUGGUACAAACACACGGCCGUGCACAUGGCCAUCGGCGGAUUCCUGCCGUUCAGUGCCAUCUCAGUGGAGCUGUACUACAUCUUUGCCACAGUUUGGGGCAGAGAGCAUUACACCCUCUAUGGCAUCCUGCUGUGCGUCUUCGCCAUCCUCCUCUCAGUGGGCGCCUGCAUUUCCGUUGCGCUGACCUACUUCCUGCUGUCUGGCGAGGACUACCGAUGGUGGUGGCGGAGCGUGCUCAGCACCGGCUCCACCGGCCUCUUCAUCUUCGUCUAUUCUGUUUUCUACUACCGGAACCGGUCCUCUAUGAGCGGCCUGGUGCAGAGCACGGAGUUCUUCGGCUAUUCUCUGCUCACGGCGAUGGUCUUCUCACUGAUGCUGGGCAGCGUAUCGUUCUGGGCCUCACUGGCAUUCAUUCGCUACAUCUACCGUAGCCUCAAGAUGGACUAGACAUGAAAUAUGCAUACAGGGUCAGACAGCCAGCUGUAAACACACAUUCCUCAUAGCACACACAGACAAUCCUCAUUCUCUCUUGCUUUCACAAUACACACACACACACCUCCUAUGGGGUCAACGGGAGGAGAAACAGGGGCCUUUUACCUUGAUUUGACAGGAGCUAGUGGUUGAACUGGAGCUGUCAUUGUUGGAAUAGUUGGCUGAAUGGACAGAUGAAGGGUGCGCUUGGGAGGGGGAUCAUGUAUUUAAGGAUAAAAUGGGAUAUUUCAGUAAAAAGGGAUGGUUGUGUCCCAUCAGGAGUGAAUGGGUAAAAUGUAUGCUGAGAUACAUGAGUGAAUGAUUUUAAUCAUUGUAUGGUGCAGUGUGGCAUCAUCUGCUCCAGUUGCCACUCCAUGGUCUGUCAAGGCUUGGCAGGACCAACACAUUUGGUACUCCCCUCAUUAUACCAGUUACCCACUGAGAUAGCUAACUGUAGUCUUGAUGAAUUAUUAUGCAGCAAUGCAAGUGCAACUACUUGCAAUUAUACUCCCCUGCACAAAAUUGUGGCAGCCCGUUCUGAUAUAGAAGUAAUGUUUUGCACUGGCCCUGUCAAGCUCCACAUGGCCCUGCAGUGGGUACGAGGAGCGAUGCCUUGUAGAUUGAAGAACUGUUGCUAAUUGUCGGUGAUGGGGGCAAUAUUGUCGAUGUAUUCUAUGGUAACCAUUGACUGUGAUUUGGGUCCUGAUGUAAAUAGUCUUUUCAAUAAAAUGCCUUUUAAUACAUUAUUGCCAGCAAAGAACUCUGGGUAGAGUUUUCCCCAGAGUUUGUAGAUUUUCUUCUUUUGUAAGGCCCUAUUUACUGUACAACUUCCUUUAUUACCGACAUCAUGAUGUUCAUUAUGUAAACCAAAUAUGCUACACUUCCUGU